AUGGUCUAUUCGCUCUUUGAAGAACAAGGAGUUCUUAGGCAGCAAAAGAGUAAGCUUUUGGGGUCUCAUUUUGUGAAAUCGGAGAUUGCUAAUGACUUGAAGUCCAAUCCUCAACUCAAGCCUAAAGAGAUUGUGUCUCGUUUCAAGCAUUCUUUUGGUUUAGAUGUGUCUUAUAGGACUGCUUGGUAUGGGAAGGAGUUGGCUAGAAAAGUUGUCCAUGGUCAUGAUGGUGACUCAUAUUCUCAGCUGCUUUGGUAUCAUGAUGCUAUUUUAUCUAGUAAUCCGGGCUCUUAUUGCAUAUUGGAAACUGAUUCUUUAAGUAAUCGUUUCGAACGUUUCUUCAUUUGUUUUUCUGGUUGCAUUGAGGGCUUUAAGUCAUGCAUUCCGCUUCUAUUCGUGGAUGCUGCUCAUUUGAAGAGUAAGUAUAAUGGAUACAUGCUCUGUGCUACUGGAAAGAAUGGAAACCAAGAGUUCUUCCCCUUUGCAUUUGCAGUUGUAGAUUCUGAAAAUCAUGAUAAUUGGGAUUGGUUUUUUGAUCAUCUAUAUAACAUCUUGUCUCCGCAAGGUAGAAAUGUGACUUUUGUUACUGAUCGACACAGCGGACUGUUGAAUGCUGUUGCCAGGGUAUCUCCAGAUUCUCCUCAUUCAUACUGCUACUAUCACCUUAAGGAGAAUGUUAGAGGUGUGUACCAAAAGCAAUCUGGAAAUUAUUUUGUUGACAAGAUUGUGGAGGAAUUUAUGAAAGUUGCUUAUUCACCUACAUUAGCAAGCUAUAACUUCAACUUGCACAACUUGAAGAAAGAAGUUGGUCCGCCUAUUGAAGAGUUUAUGCGAUCUUUGCAGUUGGAAAAGUGGUGCAAAGCAUUUUCAAAGGAAACAGGCUUAAGGGUUAAGGUUAUGGAGAAUAUGUCUGAGAGGAAGGUUGCAUGCAAGAGGUGGACCACUGUUUUGUGUCCUCCAAUGGAGGCUUUGUUGAAGAAAUCAAUGGAUAUUGGGCGGCAUUGGGCUGUUAGAAUGUAUAGUAAGACUGUUUUUGAAGUUCAUUUAGAUAAAUCAAUGGCGGUUGAUCUUGGGAACAGCACUUGCUCUUGCCGUCAAUGGCAAAUUAAUUCAUUCCCAUGUUCACAUGCUCUUGCUACAAUCCAAAAGGUUGGAGUGGAACCUGUGUAUAGUUACAUUGAGCCGUUUUACACCUGUCAAAGCUACAUGAAUUACUACGCGCAUGGUAUUCAUCCUAUACCAAAUAUGGAGAAAUUUUAUGAAGAUGCAGCUAGUUCAACUUCUGUUGUUAAGCCUCCAUUGGGUAGGAGGCCAUCCUACCGGUCAAAAUCUGUUCGAAUGAAGUCUGCAGCAGAAGGAGGCACGAGGAGGCGUAUCAAGUGUGGUCGAUGUGGUGAAUUGGUGCGCCACAACAAGAUAACGUGUACUGUGCCAAUCUGA